GCGAGUGGCCAAGAUCAAGGAAAAAUCUGUGCCGCCUCUUGCCGUGUCACCCACCCGUGUCCUGUGUCCGGAAGACGAUGCCGACCCUUCAUUUGCAGGAGAUGUUAACGAAUCUUCUUAUGGUGCCUGCGGCAUGUUGAAUUGCUGAUGAUGAAUACCGGGUGCAACAGUUCUAUUGACGCUAAGCCAUGUGCCUCUAUUAUAUAAAGUGGGUAAUCUCCUGGGGAUUGAGGACGUCUUUGUAAUGCCAAGUGGUCAAUGAAUAGCCCUUUUUCCUGUUGCAUUUGUGCUGCUUUCUCUCACUUUCUGAAAACGUGAAAAAUAAUCCUGACAGCUACAGGAGGAUUCAGUGAGAGAGAGAGAGAGAGAGAGAGAGAGAGAGAGAGAGAGAGAGAGAGAGAGGGGCAUGUGUGAGCAGAGGAAGAAAAGGGAAGGAGACGAGAAUUGUGGCCUUUUAAAGGAGUGGUGAGCUGAUAUGGUGGGUGAUUGAGAGUGAGAGUUGAAUUGAGGGCUUGAUGAUUGAUUUGUAUUCUCUUUCGGUUUCAGUCGCCACCAUUUGCACAGAUGCAGCUGGAGCAGCAGGUAACAUCUUCGCAAUUGGCCUAUUUGUAUCACCUAUACCGACAUUUAGAAGAAUCAUCAGAAACCGGUCAACGGAGCAGUUCUCUGGGUUGCCUUAUAUAUACGCUCUCUUGAACUGCUUGCUUUGCACGUGGUAUGGCACGCCGCUCAUAUCGAGUCACAACACGAUGGUCAUGACAGUGAACUCCACUGGUGCACUUUUUCAGUUGGCAUACAUAGUUCUCUAUAUAACAUAUGCAGAAAACCAGAAAAAGGUGAUGAUGUUGGGAUUGCUCUCGUCGGUUCUUGGUAUUUUUGCAAUUGUAGUAAUUGGGAGCUUACAUAUACUGGACGCUGACCUGCGGAGGGACAUUGUCGGGAUUAUAAGUGGCGUCUCCCUUAUUUCUAUGCUUGCUUCCCCAUUGCUUAUAAUUAAUUUGGUGAUCCAGACAAAGAGUGUUGAAUUCAUGCCGUUUUAUCUCUCUCUUUCCAUGUUCCUCAUGAGCGCGUCGUUUUCCCUAUAUGGGAUUUUCAACGAUGACAUCUUCAUUUAUGUCCCAAAUGGUAUUGGAACGAUUUUGGGGAUCACCCAAUUGGUGUUGUAUUGUUACUACAAACGCGCUGGUAGUGAAAGCUCAAGAGAACCAUUGAUAGAAUCAUAUGCAGAGACAACAUAGUGGCAAGUGAAGGUGAACAAGAAAUUGGAAUUCUUUCUAAACUUCAUUUAUAUCGAUGAGUAAGAACUGUUUCGUGAUUGGAUUCAACAUUGUCUACUGUGUAACCAGUCACGGUGUGCAUCAUAUUCUUCUGUAAAUCACAACAGUUCGAAGAAAUAAAAAGCAUUUGCAGUUUUUU